GGAAGCGUCGUGCGCUUUUCUGGCAACCAGUACGACCAAGUAAGUACGACGGUCGACGACGAUAGUGUUGGUGCUGUUUGUUUGUGUUGUAAAAUUGUGGUUAAGAUGGUUACAGAUAAAAAUACGGAAAAUCAUGUAAUCAAAGUUAAUAAAUGGGAUGGUUCUGCCGUGAAAAAUGCGUUAGAUGAUGCUGUCAAAGAUGUUCUUACAAAGAAAUACAAUUACAUAGAGAACUUUGCUCUGUUGGAUGGAAAAUUAGCCCUGUCUGGAGUUAUUGUAAUAGUUGCAGUUGUUGCACUGCUCUCUGAUCAUUUUUAUCCAUUCCCAGCAUCUAAAUCUGUUUUAGUCUCUUGUGUAUGUUUGUACUUCUUUUUGAUGAGUCUUUUGACAUUAUAUACAACAUACAAAGAAAAGGGGAUAUUUGUUGUAGCUAUUCAAAGAGAUCCAGCAGGUUUCAACCCUGAUCUUGUGUGGGAAGCAAGUUCAUAUAUGAAGAAACAUGAUGAUAAGUAUAAUCUUGUACUCUCUGUUAAAAGUACAUCAACAGGGAAUUUGAAUGAAACUUGUGUCACAAAGUCAGUUGCAAAUUUUAUCGAUGUCAACGGUGUCGUCAUUCCGGAAUUAAUGGAGAAUGUUGUAACAAGCAUGCAUGACAGUUUAACCAGUCAACGUAAAGAAAAGUAGCACGACAAAUGACAAUCAACUUAUUGCAUUUGCUACUUUUUUGUAAUUGAUAAUUUGCUUUCUUUUUAAAUACUUAAUGUACUUUGUAUCAGUGUAAAUAUAUUUCCAGAAUAAAAGACACGACGAUUUUAAAAGAAUUAUAUUAUUAUUCACAUUAAAAUCCAAUAAGGAAACAAAUGCACAGUUGAUUCAAGAGAUAAGGAAAUAAAAUGAUAGAUACUCAGUGUAUUAACAAAAUAUAUAAACUAUAAUUCAAUGAUGAAAGCGAAAGAGGCAGCCAAGGAAAACUACACAGAGAAAGAACAAGGAAACCGAUGAAUUAGAAAUAAAGAUACUUUUGUUAUCAAACGAUGAAACAACAUAUGACAGUAGAUCUUCAUUAGAAUCGAAAGAAAGGCAAUCAGAUUCGAUUGACGGAUCGGAGAAUAAUGUAUUUAAAAAGACGAAUGUAGAGAAAUCUGGGGUAUUGUGUUGGAAGUCUAGCAAUGUUCAACAGAAAUGUGAAUAUUGUCAGCAAAAAUUGUCGAGCAUCGACUUAAAAAUGUAUCCAGGCCAUCUAAACGGUGCCGUGAAUGAAUUCAUUGCAUUGACAGGUGCUAGAUUGUUUCUCUGCACUAGGGAAGAAGAUGGUCGGCGAGAGCGACGAAAGCGCUGACACACUUCUGUGUUUACGAUAGAAAUGGACACUUGUUUUUUCGUUACUGGACUGGUGGAGAAGAACGGAGUUCUACAUUUUACUGGUUACAUAAAGUCUACAUACGACGAGAAUUCGUGUGCAGAAGGCGGUAUGCCCACUAAAGACAUGGGUCCGAUAAACGAAUGGUAGAUGUUGACGAAAGGAAUCAAAUUGUAUUUAAAAAACAUUUUUUGUUAUUGAACAUAUUUCAUUAUGUUCAAGCUGGGUGCUAAGUAUGUACAAAAAGACGAUUGUUCAAGCUUAAUUCAUCUUAUUUAUUUAUUAGAGUGUUUCAAGAAUCAUUUAUAAUUUUACAUAACGAAAAAUUGUUUUGUCCGAACGUGUAAGAAAUUUUUAGUGUGACAAUCAAUAAAUUGAAGUAGGUCCGUUCCUAAGUAACAAACUUGCUACAUAUCUAGUGAA